GUCGCACCUAUCCAAGAUUGGGUCCCCACGUUGAACUGGGUGUAUCUGGAUGCACACUCAUAUCAGCUCAAAUACGGCGUGCACGAGGACAGUGAGUGCAAUCUUGCGGGACCGUUUGAUUGCAUACCGCAAAAUCAACACCUCACAUUUCAAGACUGGGAGGGCUUUCGUGCUGUGGAGAUCCAAACCAACAAAUGGACUAUUUAUUUCGACGCGGACGAUGAUGGCUUGAAGGACAAGGUGCCACCGGAAGCAGCGCUUGUGGAGAUUGAGCUUGAGAGACGU